AUGAGAAGUCCAAUCACAAAAACGGUUGCCUGCCUUUCCAAAGCACACUCAAAAUUCUCUGUCUCUGACCCAUCUCAGUUAGAUUACUCUUUCUACAUGAAAAGCUUGCAACUUUGCAUAGAAACAAAAGGUAAAAAACAAGGCCAUUUGAUUCACAACCAAAUUAUAACAAAUGGUUUUGCUUCAAAUCUCUACUUAAGCACCAAAUUAGUUAUUUUUCACUCAAAACUUGGUUACAUAGGCAUUGCACGAAAGGUGUUCGAUAGAAUGUCUGAAAGAACUGUUGUGUCAUGGACUGCUCAGAUUUCUGGUUACACACAAAAUGGGUAUUACCAAGAUGCAUUGUUGGUGUUUUUAGACAUGCUUAGAGCAGGUUUUAAGGCCAAUCAAUUUACUUAUGGGAGUGUGUUGCGCGCAUGUACUGGUUUGAGGUGUUUGCAGAGAGGGAUGCAAAUACAAGGGUGUAUUGAGAAGAGUAGAUUUUCUGGUAAUUUGAUUGUGCAAAGUGCUUUGCUUGAUUUGCAUUCAAAGUGUGGAAAGAUGGAGGAUACUAGUUACUUGUUUGGAAUGAUGGAAGAAAGGGAUGUUGUUGCUUGGAAUGCAAUGAUUGGCGGAUAUGCUGUUCAGGGUUUUGCUGGUGAUUCAUUUCGAAUGUUUGGUUCGAUGAUGCAAGAAGGUAUAAGCCCUGAUCCUUUCACCUUCAGGAGUGUCUUAAAGGCGUCUGAUAUGGCUAGUGGUAUUAUCAGAGUCUGCCAAAUACAUGGAUUGAUCAUCCAACUAGGUUAUGGAUCGCAUAUUUCUUUGAGUGGUUCUCUAAUUGAUGCGUAUGCAAAAUGUGAAAGCUUAGCCAGUGCUUAUUGCUUAUAUAAAAGUAUGCCAAUGAAAGAUAUGAUAUCUUGCACGGCACUGAUGACCGGAUAUGCACGAGACUGUAACUACAGUAGGGAGGCCCUGGAUUUGUUCAAAGAAAUACAGCAGAUGCAUAUGGAGAUAGAUGAUGUUAUAUUAUGCUCCAUGCUUAACAUAUGUGCCAACGUAGCAUCUUUGAGUUUGGGAAGACAAAUCCAUGCUCUUGCUUUAAAAUGUAAACCCACUUAUGAUGUGGCCAUGGGCAAUUCUCUUAUUGAUAUGUAUGCAAAAUCUGGAGAAAUUAAAGAUGCUAACCGUGCUUUCAAUGAGAUGGAAGAGAAAAAUGUGAUUUCAUGGACGUCAUUAAUUACUGGAUAUGGGAACCAUGGAUAUGGACAUGAAGCAAUUGCGCUGUUUAAGAAGAUGGAAUUUGAAGGUUUGAAGCCAAAUGACAUUACAUUCUUAUCUCUUCUCUUUGCUUGUAGUCAUUGUGGAUUGACAGGUGAAGGAUGGGAAUGCUUUAACAAUAUGAUCAGAAAAUACAAUAUCCUGCCACGAGUUGAACAUUUUUCUUGCAUGGUUGAUCUUUUUGCACGUGGAGGGAAGUUGGAAGAAGCUUAUCAUUUGAUAUCCAAGAUGAAUAUCAAACCUAAUGCCUCGCUCUGGGGUGCCAUUCUUGGGGCAUGCAAAAUCUAUGGCAAUAUGCCUCUUGCAGAAGAAGCAGCCACACAUCUUUUCAAAAUGGAUCCAGAAAAUUCAGUUAACUAUGUUGUUUUAGCAGACAUAUAUGCUGCAGCUGGUGCGUGGGAUGGUGUUUGGAAGAUGAGAAAAUUAAUGGAAGAAAGAAAUUUGAAAAAGUCUCCUGGGUACAGUGUUAUAUCUUACACAAAAACAUUCCACUUCUGCAACCAAGUUGAGAAGGCUUAA